CUGUGGCCUGACAUGAAGGACAUCAAUGGGAUGUUUUCUGUGCUUCGUCUGAGCUCAAAGUCUGUGAUCGACCUCAGUCUCAUAAGGCCAACGUGGUCGCAUAUCUGCAAUGAAAAACAAAACAGCUCUCAUGUGUUUAUUACUUAUUCUAUAAUUCACAAAUUUGGAUUUACACGGAGCACAGUUCGGAAACUAUAUCAACUAAUAUUAAUCUCUAUUUACUGCUUAAUUAAAUUAAUAGAAUUUCUCAUUUUAUUGAUUGAUUAAAUACACCACUACAUAUGUACAUAAACUUUGCAGCGAUAAACCAGAGAAAUACUGUAUAUAAAGGUCACAAAUAGGUCAAAUUUUCUACUUACCAAUGAAAAUGGAAAUGUUUCUCUGUGGCUUUGAGAUGCGUGGCGGCAGCGUCCGGAGAGAAUGUUGGGGAAAGAAAAGUAGGAAAGAAAAUGAGAGUGAGGGACUUCUACACCUCCGGUCACUUGAUGUGUUAAUCUGUUUCUGCAACAAAGCUGCAUUGUGAGGCCAGGUCCAGUUAAUCUGAACAAAUCUGAGGUGAGUGGAGCGCGCACACACCGCCACAAAUAGGCUGGUUAAAGGCACGAGUGCUGAGUAGACGUGUUUGAAUUAGAAAUAGGGAUACAAAACUCACUUCAGCAAAGAUUCAAAGUUCAACAAGUCAUUUCUGUAUAUUUCUGACUCUAUCAAACACACUUCUGAACAUGUUUCAUCUUUCAAUACUAUUUUUUCCACCUGAAGAGUUCAGUAAGUUGUAAUGAAAGUCUUGAGGUCAGGUGAGACUGUGUGUGACCCCCUCUGCUGGAAACAACUGUGUACUGUGAAUUGUUCCUGGUCAGAUGGUGUUAGUGAUUAACCCUUCCAGUAUAACCAGGAGAACAACAGCAGGGCGAAGUGCGGAGACUUUACUGAGCUCAAGCUGGAGAUUAUCAAAGCAGAAUUUCUGCUGUUUUUGCAGAUUUUUGGUGCACUUGCAACAAUUGAGAAUCAUUUUUGUCCAUUUUGGUGAGUAUAUUCUCUGUAUUUGUUGUCUUUAGAUCUUUGUAGAAUUGUAUCACAUUCCACUUGUGCUUAACUUCUGUUUACUUUGGAUAUCUCAAAGAAAAAUUCCUUUAGCAUGACAGCCUGCAAAGUAAAGCUCUGCAGUGUUCAGAGAGGAGAAAUGUGGUUAAGUUACAGUUUAAACACUGGAGAGGUCAUGGUUUGUCCACUGGAGGACUGCUCAUAAGACAUUUAGGAUUCAUGUGACUUUAAGUUGCAGUAUGUAAUUCUGUUUUUUUCUGUACUUUAGGUGCUAAACACCUACAGAUAUCAUCAUCACCUGACACCACAGAAGCUAUUCUACAAGCUAAAUCUUCAGUGACAAUUUCCAGUAGUGUCAGAUGAGUCUCUGCGCUGCCUGAGAGGGACAGAUGGAUGCUUUUGAGGGAAUUCAUAGCGUCCAGAUUUCCUCCUCUCCACCAUCUUCAGCUUCAUCGAACCCAGGAUAUGAAGUCCUCAAAGCGGGGAGAUCAGGAAUAGCAGUGUAUUCCUCUACCGUCUUCUUUGGGACUCCUGAUGUGGCUGCAGUCAGACAUAAGUCCAGCAGAGUCACUGAGGAGGGAGGCUGCGUUGUUGGACGGCUGGUAGAUCUGGAUCCAGAGCCAGAGUCCAGAGUGGAGGGAGGAGGUCAGGCCGGGCCCACCUCAGGCAGAGGUCAUGGCCAGCUCUCCCGACUCCGCAGCUCCUCCCUGGAGAUCAAAGAAAAGGAAAUAAGAGAAAAAGGGUCAGAGAUCCUGAGGGAACAGCUGGACGCCGCAAAGAAGGAACUGAAACUAAAAGACAAAGAGUGCGAGCGUCUGUCGCAAGUUAGGAAUCAGCUGGAACAGGAGCUGGAGGAGCUGACGGCCAGUCUGUUUGAGGAAGCUCACAAGAUGGUGCGUGAAGCUAAUGUCAAACAAGCAGCAGCGGAGAAACAGCUUAAGGAGGCUCAGGGGAAGAUUGACGUUCUGCAGGCAGAGGUGACUGCGCUGAAGACUCUGGUGUUGACCUCCACACCUUCUUCACCGAACCGCCAGCUGCAUCCUCAGCUGCAGUCUUCAGGUACCAGGGGAGCGUAUAAGCACGUCGGCGGCCACGUUCGGAACAAGAGUGCCAGCGGAGGCUUUCCAACUUCAUCUGGAAAACCAGAACCUUCACCUGUUUCUAUUCAGCCUAAAGAGGACCGAGAGCCUACUGCUCCUGCUCUCCUCUCUCUGAUUCUCUGCCUGGUACCUGGACACUCUGUCAGUGUCAACUAUGACCCUUCAUGGCAGCAGCACAGAGAGGGGCUGGGCACUGACAGCAGACAGAUGGACUCGGUUCUGUUUGCUGAGUUUUUGAUGUGGAAAGAGCAUCCAAGUCUGGACCGUUCCUCUGCCUUCCUGAGUCGAAUUUAUUCAGAAGACAUCGGACCCUGCCUCUCCUUCACACGAUCAGAGCUGUCCCAGUUGGUUCAGAGCGCAGUGGAAAAGAACUCUCUGACUAUCGAGCCUGUGGCCAUGUCAGCGUUACCGAUGGUUAAAGCCUCGGCGAUAGAGUGUGGAGGUCCUAAUGGCUUUAGGGCUGCGAUAGAGACAAAAUGUGCAUUAAGUGGCAUGUCACGACUCUGCCGACAUCGCAUUAAACUCGGCGACAAGGGGAGCUACUAUUACAUCUCUCCUUCCAGCCGUGCACGGAUUACGGCUGUCUGCAAUUUUUUCACUUAUAUUCGGUACAUCCAGCAGGGCCUCGUGAGGCAUGAUGCGGAGCAGAUGUUCUGGGAGGUGAUGCGUCUUCGCAGAGAGAUGACUGUGGCCAAGUUAGGUUUCUAUCUCACUGACCAGGGCUAGAGGACCUCACUGUCCACUGAAACACCCAGCAGGACAACUAAUCCCAGGACCUUGAUUACUCAGAACAGUAACUAGGGUAACUAUGGUAACACACAGGUCAGUUUUUGAUCAGGUUGUGCAGCAUUAAUUAGUGCUGCAGCAGAGUUCAACCAACAAGGGAAACAGUUAAUGUUCAUGUGCCACUUCUGGAAACAUAAUGAGACAAUUAGAAUCAAACCAGCACAACAAGAAAGACGUAAAAUUACUUUAAAGAUGAUGUUUAAACCAGAAAUGUUUUUUUUCUGUCGUACCACAUGCCACCAUACUAACUACUGUCUUCCGGUAAUCGUCUCCACUAGUGUAAAGGAUGUUUGUUUUUAUUGUUGUGAGCGUUUAAUCUCCCGGGUGGAGACAACACAACUUCACACAGUGAAUUCUAUGUGUCAUGUUUCAGGCAUUAGUCUGUUGAAAAGAUGAGCACAACACAGGACGGAGCCCAGAGAGUAUAGCUGCUUGUUUACCUCAAGUAUUACAGCUAUGUAAUUUGAUCGUUAUAUUGUUUCCACAAAGCAGAUAUUCUCAUUGUUUUCUAGCAUCUCAGUUCAUCAUCAGCUCGAACACCACAGCCAAGACUUUCUAUCUCAGCAUGGCCUUAAUUAUGUUGAUGCACUCUUGCACUUCCUGGUCUUGAUGCCUUGUAUUAAAACAUAAAUUAGCCACAUCCAGCCUCUUGUAAGAAACAUCUUCAUGUUCGGCCUGGACUUAAUAAUCAGAUGUAUUGUUAACAAAGUAAUUCUUACACCUCCAUGCACAAAAUAGAGGGAGCUUUACAACAUAGACAGAAAAAAAGGAGCUUUAAUGCAAGUCUUUGCAACAUGUUUCAACUGUAGUUUUGCACGUCUACAAUGAGCAGUAUGUACAUAGAGUAAAAGCCAUACAUGACUUUGCAUGAAUGCAAACCAUAGCCAUAUUACACAGUGUAUACUGGUUGUACCUCAUAGUCUGGAUUUGUUAUUAUUAAUGGCCAAUUUUUUACAACAAACUUUUGAAGGUGAAAAUGAAGAAUAUUGUCAGAAAGUGCAAUAACUGCUUCUCAGCCUUAUUAAAGGCUUUGAGGGUCAUAACCUCAGUGUACUGAUAAUUAACUGUAAACGCUCCAUUAAACACAAGGCAUUGUAGCCUGACUAUCA